AUGCUUAUCUUCAAUAGUAUCGUUCCACGUUCGACCAUCAUACCUAUUAACAUACCCCUUCUCCAGCUGCUCGACGAAGCGCUCCAGGCUCUUGGGGAAGGCGUCGAGCACGGGAUACGCGGGGUUGCCGAAGUUAGUGGAGUGGAGGGAUUCGACGGACGUCUUGAGUUGCGCGAGCAUUCCGGGGACCUGGUGGUCGAAGUGUUUUUUCUCGGACAGGUGGGAGAGGAGGGUGGUCAGAGCGGUGUGGAUGGACUGGAGUUGGGGGGAGUAUGGAGAGGAGGGGAGAUGUUUGGGGAGGUCGAAAAGGACGUACAUAAAAAUAUUAUCUAA